AUGGCGAAAUCGAGACAACAUUUCUCUAGCCAAGAUUCGUCAUUAUCACCCACUUCUGUGAGAUCAAAAGAGUGGGAGGGUCCGUCGAGAUGGACUGAGUACUUGGGUCCAGAACCUUCUCCCAUGACAUCUAGGAGCUCCAGGACUGCAGGUCCUGAUGGACAGAUUGUCCAAAGUGCAGGCGUGUCCCACAAAGGCUUAAACAUGCAGUGGGUAGUUCAACUAACUGAAGUAGCAGAAGGUCUUAUGGCUAAAAUGUAUAGGCUAAACCAAAUUUUGGAUUACCCGGAUCCAGUUGGACAUACAUUUUCAGAAGCCUUUUGGAAAGCCGGUGUGUUCCCCAACCAUCCAAGACUUUGCUUGCUACUUUCAAAGAAGUUCCCGGAGCAUUAUAGCAAGUUACAGCUUGAACGUGUUGAUAAGGUUGCCUUGGACGCCUUGCAUGAUAAUGCAGGGCUUCAUCUACAAAGCUUGGAACCAUGGGUUCAGCUGCUUCUUGACUUGAUGGCAUUUCGUGAACAAGCUCUACGGCUUAUAUUGGAUCUAAGCAGUACUGUUAUUACCUUGUUGCCUCACCAGAACUCGCUUAUACUACAUGCAUUUAUGGAUCUCUUCUGUUCAUUUGUCCGUGUUAACCUAUUCUCUGAGAAGAUACCGAGGAAAAUGAUGCUACAAAUGUAUAACCUUUUGCAUGCAAUAUCAAGAAAUGACCGAGAUUGUGAUUUCUAUCAUCGGUUGGUUCAAUUUAUAGACGGUUAUGAUCCACCCUUGAAAGGAUUGAAAGAAGACCUAAAUUUUGUGAGCCCCCGUAUUGGAGAGGUGCUAGAGGCUGUGGGUCCUAUCAUUUUUCUGUCAACAGAUACAAGAAAGCUCCGAAACGAGGGAUUCUUAAGUCCAUAUCAUCCUCGAUAUCCAGACAUCCUUACAAAUUCUGCACACCCAAUGAGAGCUCAGGAUUUAGCGAAUGUCACCUCGUAUCGGGAAUGGGUAUUAUUUGGGUACCUCGUUUGUCCAGAUGAGCUUCUACGCGUCACUAGCAUUGAUAUUGCUCUGGUCGUCUUGAAAGAAAAUUUGGUUCUUACAUUGUUCAGGGAUGAGUACAUACUUUUGCAUGAAGAGUAUCAGCUAUUUGUCCUGCCACGAAUUAUAGAAUCAAAGAAGAUGGCAAAAUCUGGACGUACAAAGCAAAAAGAAGCAGAUUUGGAGUAUAGUGUAGCAAAGCAAGUUGAGAAAAUGAUAAGUGAAGUGCAUGAGCAAGCAUUACUAUCAUGUGACGCCAUCCACCGUGAGAGGAGGAUAUUACUGAAGCAAGAGAUCGGAAGAAUGGUACUUUUUUUCACUGAUCAGCCUAGUUUGUUGGCUCCAAACAUACAGAUGGUAUUCUCUGCCCUGGCUUUUGCUCAAUGUGAGGUCCUCUGGUAUUUCCAACAUGUUGGAAUUGCAUCAUCAAAAUCAAAAGCCGUUCGAAUGGUGUCAGUUGAAAUUGAUCCAAGUGAUCCAACGAUUGGGUUUUUGUUAGAUGGAAUGGACCAUCUUUGCUGUUUGGUACGCAAGUAUAUUGCAGCAAUUAGAGGUUAUGCAUUGUCGUACCUUUCUUCUUGUGCUGGUAGAAUCCGGUUUUUGUUAAAUACCCCUGGGAUGGUGGCUCUCGACUUAGAUGCAAGCUUGAAAAGUCUUUUUCAGCAGAUUGUUCAGCACCUUGAAAACAUUCCAAAACCACAGGGUGAAAAUGUAUCUGCCAUUACAUGUGAUCUAUCUGAAUUUCGAAAGGAUUGGUUAUCAAUAUUGAUGAUAGUGACAUCAUCCCGGUCAUCUAUAAACAUAAGACAUUUGGAGAAAGCUACAGUCUCUACAGGGAAAGAAGGCCUGCUAUCAGAGGGAAAUGCUGCCUACAAUUGGUCCAGAUGUGUCGAUGAACUGGAAUCUCAAUUAUCAAAGCAUGCGAGUCUUAAGAAGUUGUAUUUCUACCAUCAGCACCUUACAGCGGUCUUCAGGAACACUAUGUUUGGCCCGGAAGGUCGCCCACAACAUUGCUGUGCCUGGCUUGGUGUUGCAAGUAGUUUUCCAGAGUGUGCUUCCCCCAUUGUUCCGGAAGAGGUAACCAAGAUUGGCAGAGAUGCAGUCCUUUAUGUUGAAUCUCUCAUUGAAUCUAUAAUGGGAGGACUGGAGGGAUUAAUUAACAUCCUUGAUUCUGAAGGAGGAUUUGGUGCCCUAGAGAACCAGCUUCUUCCGGAGCAGGCCGCUUCUUAUAUGAAUUCUGCUUCAAGAAUAUCAAUAACUUCAACUAAAUCUCCAAAAGGAGCACCGGGUUUCCCUUUGCCUGGCCAUGAGAGUCGUCCUGAAAAUAAUGCUUCUAUCAAGAUGUUAGAAGCUGCGGUGCAGAGAUUGACCAACUUAUGCUCAGUUUUGAAUGAUAUGGAGCCUAUAUGUGUUCUAAACCAUGUUUUUGUCUUAAGGGAGUACAUGAGGGAGUGCAUUCUUGGGAACCUUAGGAGGAGAUUGCUUGCAGUACUGAAAACUGACAAUGACCUCCAACGGCCUACGGUUCUUGAGUUGCUUAUUCGCAGACACAUCAGCAUUAUCCAUCUGGCAGAGCAGCAUAUUAGCAUGGACUUAACUCAGGGUAUUCGAGAGGUUUUGCUCUCAGAAGCCUUCUCAGGACCAGUUUCUUCUUUGCAUUUGUUUGAAAAACCAGAAGAGCAACAUACAGGAUCAGCCACUGAAGCUGUCUGCAACUGGUACAUUGAAAAUAUAAUCAAGGAUAUAUCAGGUGCUGGAAUCCUUUUUGCUCCAAUUCACAAAUGCUUCAAGAGCACAAGGCCUGUUGGUGGAUAUUUUGCUGAUUCAGUCACUGAUCUUAGAGAAUUAAAGGCCUUUGCUCGCAUCUUUGGUGGCUAUGGAGUUGACAGGCUAGACAGAUUACUGAAAGAACACACUGCUGCACUUUUAAAUUGUAUUGAUACAUCACUGAGAUCAAAUCGUGAUGUGCUAGAGGCAGUUGCUGGUAGUCUGCAUUCUGGAGACCGAAAUGAAAGAGAGGCUUCAAUAAAGCAGAUAGUCGAUAUAGACACGGUGAUUGGGUUUUGUGUUCAAGCUGGCUUGGCCCUGGCUUUUGACAGAUCUCUAGCUGAAGCUGCUGGCACUGUACUUUUUGAAGGUGCACCCUUGAUACAUUCAUUAUUAGCUGGAAUAUCUAAGCAUAUACCUGAAGAAAUACCUGAAAAGAAAGAAGUCAGGAGAUUGAGAGGGGUGGCAAACAAUGUUGGUGUAGUUGAUAAUCAUGAUUCCCAGUGGGUGAGAUUGAUCUUAGAAGAGGUUGGGGGUGCAAAUGAUGGGUCAUGGAGCCUAUUACCCUAUUUCUUUGCCGCCUUUAUGACAUCUAAUAUAUGGACUACCACAGCCUUCAAUGUGGACACUGGGGGUUUCAAUAACAAUAUUCAUUGCUUGGCAAGGUGCAUCAGUGCUGUAAUUGCAGGAAGUGAGUUUGUUAGAGUGGAACGUGAAUAUCAGCAAAGACAAUCUCUCUCAAAUGGCCAUGUUGGUGAAUCAGUGGACUCUGAACAAAGUCGUUUGUCAGCUGAAGCAAGCAUAAAAUCCACAAUGCAGCUUUUCGUCAAAUUCUCUGCAAGCAUUAUACUGGAUUCUUGGAGUGAAACUAAUAGAUCUCAUCUUGUAGCACAGCUAAUUUUCCUGGACCAACUCUGCGAGAUCUCACCUUAUCUUCCAAGAAGCUCUCUGGAACCCCAUGUUCCAUAUGCCAUUCUUCGUUCAAUAUACAGCCAGUACUAUACAAACUCUCCAAAUACACCACUCGCAUUACUAAGCAUUUCACCCCGCCAUUCGCCUGCUGUAUCGCUCUCACAUGCAUCUCCCGCAGCACGACAACCCCGUGGCGACUCCACUCCUCAGUAUGAUUCAGGUUAUUUCAAAGGAUCAUCAUCCCAUGGCCAAGAGCACAUUUAUGAUGGUGGAAGUUCACGAAGCACUGAACACAGGCAACAGAACUAUCGCCGUUCUGGGCCUUUAGAUUAUGGCUCAAGCCGAAAAGUUAAGUUUGCGGAGGGAUCAACUUCAGGGAACACAGGUCCCAGUCCACUACCAAGAUUUGCUGUCUCAAGGUCUGGUCCAAUAUCAUACAAGUAGAAAGCCAAGUAAAUCAUGUGUUACGAGGAUGGUAAAUUAUCUACUAUUGUGAUAUUAUUAAGCGCAGUUAUUCAUAAGCUUUAUAGGCAGAUGAGCUAGUUCAUAUAAAUUUUGACAAAAUAUAUAUCUAGAAUCGCUCAACUCUUUCCCACCUAUAGUGUGGCCUUGAUGAUGUAAAUUCUUUGCCAUUGGUAUUAUUUCGUGUACAUUCAUUCUGUUCUGG